CUUGAACAAUAUACGUUGGUGGGCCCCGCGGGAACUUUUGACAGUUUAGUCACUAUGCAUAGUGGAGGUUCCUUUUUUUCUCAGUUUUCUGCUGAUGGACUCGGCAAAGUAAUCCUUUUUCUCUGGGAGCGGAAAAUGUAUGCGGCGGUCAUCGCCACCCUCGGGACGGUUGCAGCUGUAGCCAGGCUUGCAGAGCAGUUCGGAUACCUUUACAAGGGAACACAAGCUGAUCCAGAAACGACGAAGGUUGAUCCAGCUGCUGAUAAAUUGUCAGCCCAUAUUCGUUGUGUAACAUGGAAAACCUCAAGCUUCUUGUUGAGUGGAAUUCCGAGGUUUAAUGGGAAUGGAUACGAGAAAUGGAGGACUUUGAUGAAAUUUAUGCUCAAGACCCUACACCUUUGGGACUUGGUGGAAAGAGGCUAUACCGGGGAGGAGCUUAUGGUUGACGCUUUGCAAGAUGUUCAGCAAAAGGAUGCCUUGGCCUUGCUUCUUAUCCACAAAAAGAUACACGAAUCUGUUUCGCCUUGCAUUGAUAAUGUCAAAACAUCUAAAGAAGCUUGGGAUGCACUGCAGAAGAAGUAUGAAGGAAAUGCAGCUGUUACCAAAUCAAACCAAGCUAAUGUGAAGGCUGUGGAGACAAAAAGAACUAGCGAAGACUUCACAGAUUUCAACAAUAAACUUUUCUCCAAUGGUCAGUGCAGUUCAGAUUCCUCUGGUGGAUGCAGAGUUGAUAGUAAGACUAGUACUUCACAUAGCAAUUUGCGCCCAUCUGAAGAUGGAACUGGGAAAGAGCUUGAAGACCUUGACAAAGAUAAAUGUGGCUCUAUAAAAAAUUUUGGAGAAAAUUCCCCUCAUAGUCAUCCUGGCGGCAUAAAUGGUGGACGACCUGACAACUACCAGGAAGGUCGAGGUGGCGGAGAAGGUGAAUUUCAUGGAGACGGAAUUAGUGGGAGUGGUGGUCGUGGAGGUGUGGAUAGCGAACGCUUUAAGAACAACCAGAGAGGUCAUGGAGGAGAGGGCAGUGAACACUUUAAUAACUACCAGGGAGGUCGUGAAGGGGAGAUUCCCGGAGGUGUGGACAGUGGAACCAAUAAAAACAACCAGGGCUUUCAUGGAGAUCGAGGUCGUGGGGGUGGUGUCCGUGGAGGUGGAUUCCUCAGAGGUGGUGUCCGUGAAGGUGGAUAUCAUAGAGGUGGUGUCCAUGGAGGUGGUGGUCGUGGAGGUGCGGAUGGUGAAACCCUGAAAAACAACAACAGGGGUCAUGGAUGUGGUGGUCGUGGAGGUGGUGGUCGGGGAGGUCGUGGUCGGGGAGGUCGUGGUCGGGGAGGUCGUGGUCGUGGAGGUCUUGGAGGUGGUUAUUGGGGAGGUAGUGGUCGUGAAGCUGCAGGUCAUGGACCUAAAGAGUGUAAACCUGUUAACAACCAUGGAGGUUCUGGUGGCAUAAAACAUGAAUGUUUUAACAAUAAGGGAAGUAAUGAAGGCAUAGAUGCUGAAUGCUUUAGCGCCAAGAAUGACUAUGGAGGUGUGGAUGGCAGACUCGUUAAUGAAAACCACGGAGGUCAUGCAAUCUUAGAAGAUGGAUGCUUUAAUAAUCAACAUUCUCAGUUUGGUGAUUGUAAUAGGAAUACUUCAAAAUCUGAAUCACUUUAUUCUUCCAAAAAUGAAACUGAACCAACAGAAGCUCUUGGUGCACUAGGAAGGGGACACCAAACUAAUACUAAGGUAUACAUAGAAAUUUGAAGUUAUGCACUCACUUCUGUCCCAAUCUAAAGUUCAUAGUAGGAAUGACACUAGUUAGAAACUGAAAUCGUGUGGUUGAGAUUCUUUUAGAAAAUGGAAAGAAAUAGUGCCAGCUACACAAUUCUUUUUUUUAAAUGGAAGUGAAGUAGAUUACUAGACAACCAUAAAAGGAAAUAGAUAAAUUUAUAUUGGGAUGAAAGGUUACUUGAAAUCAUGCAAUGUACGGCAGCCAUUGAAAAAUGCUUAUCUAUUGUGAUGGACUUGGAUAAGAAAUGGCUUUUAUUUUUGCUUUGGUUAGAUCCCAAGUAUAAGUGUCCAAAGUGUUAAUCAAUUACCUCAGGCUAUGAAACUAAUGAAAGUAUCUUGCUAAAUAUAUACGGAAUGAGGUAUUGAGGGAAGUGCAAAGAAACUACUACUACCACUAUUAGUAUUAUUAUUAUUAUUGUUGUUGUUGUUGUUGUUAAUAUUAUUUCUGAUCUAGUUCUUUUGGUAGGAUUUAAACGACAUGGAAAAUGUUGAUAUGAAUCAGUCCCAUGUAGACCUCACUGAGAAAAAAAGUGGUCAUAUUAGCAUUUGCAUACAGAAUUUGGACAAGGGCAUUAGCAACGAUGCACUCCAUGAUGUUUUUUCUGCAUUUGGCAAAAUCCUUUCUUGCAAGGUGGUAACAGAUGGAUCUGGUGUGUCAAUGGGGCACGGAUAUAUUGAAUAUGGCAAUGUCGAAGCUGCACAGAAAGCUGUUGAGAUGAUGAAUGGUGCAAGAUUGGAGCACAAGAACGUGCAAGUAAAAUCUUGCCCCACAAAGCAAGAAAAGAAAAAACAUAGCCCCACUAAUGUCUUUGUGGGAAACUUAUCUGAAUCCACAUCUGAAGGUGAUCUUAGGAAUGCUUUUCAUUGGUUUGGGGGAACGAUCUCUAGCGUUAUAAUAGUGAGAGACAGAGAUGGGAUAUCAAAGGGUUACGGAUUUGUCCACUUUAGGGAUGCAGAUGAUGCGGCUUGGGCAGUGGAAGUGCUCAAUGGCCACAAGUUUGAUGACAAAGUGUGGCAGGUGAGAAAAGCAUAUGAGAACAAAUUUGUUGGGAAAGCUAACAAGAAGAAAUCUGAGGGUGAGUCGGCUCAGUCUUCCUCUGCAAAUAACAGUGGUAUUAAAUCAAACAAAAAACUGCAUAAAUUUGGUCGUUCUACCAAAGCUAAUUCAUCCACUUCAAAAGAAGAAGCUGGUAAUGCAGUUCGAAGUGAACUAAGAGCUAUUGGUAUAAGGGUUAUCAUCUACAUUGACAAUAAAGGGGUUGGGCACUUCACCUUUGAAGGGCCAUGAUUUCGUAGCAGGAACAAGGAAUCAUCCUCAUUUAGAUAUAUCCAUAAGGAUAACAUCUGAAGUGGCAUCUUCUCAUACUAUUUAAGAAUGUAUGCUGUGAUGAUGGGUGUCCCUGAGCACACCUACUAUUUGGGAUCUAUUCUUUUACUUGGAUUGUUAAACAAGUAUUUACCUCAAAUGACCCAUAAAUUGUGCAGCUUUUAUGGGUUUCGUCUUUGACUUUUAUUUUACUUAAUUACUAGUUUUGUACCCGGGCGUUGCCCCGGGUAAAACUUCCAUAUGAAAUCUUAAUUUAUAAAUUAUAUAAUGUUUCUAUAUGAG